GUCAAUGAAACAAGGGACGGGAGAUGUCCUGGCAAGCCCGGCGCGCUGCGACAUGGACACCGAUGGUCCGACGUGCGACGACGAAUCUCGAGGAUGCUCCUCCGAGCAAGCACCGCACGCCAUGGACACACGUGCUGGCAACGGCCGAAGAAAGGUCGGACAGAAACAGGCAGACGCAACAUCGAGCUCUGAACAGACCAACAUACCGUGCGCCCGCUUGUCAAGCUCUGCUGCGAAGACCCACCGCGGGCGCGUAUCCAGGCACCUGUCGAGCGGACGUGGGCUGGCGCUGCUAUAGCAUACGUCCUCGAUACUUCCCGAUUGAUUGCGGAGCUCCAUCAGCAUGCCAAUCGUUGCGGGCGGCGAGCCGCGGUGCCAUCCAUUUUCGCCGGGCGGCGAGCCGCGGUGCCAUCCAUUUUCGCCGGGCGCGCUUGCUUGCAACGGGAGGCCGUUCGGUCCAAUGCGUCGCCCAAGGCCCUUGGCUCGCGCCGCCGCUGCGUGCGCUCGGCAUCACCGUCCGCCUCAAGGUCUGUGCUGUCGCCACGCGGUCGCGUCCCCAGGUGUCGAGUGUGUUCGCAUCAACAGGGUCGACCGGAUACUGUUGUCGUAUCCGUACAGCGGAAACCACUUGGCGUUUGUAUGUCGUAGCCACGUCACCGUUUUUUGUAUGGAAAUUGGAAAAUUCACUUCCCAUUUUCAUUCCAAGUAGAGCAAUGGGUUCGGACUGCUGUGGCGGCAACCACUCGCAUGGCGCGGCUGCGCCCGUGGUCCCGGCGGCGCCCAUGACCAAGGAGGAGGAAGCCGAGUUCAAGGCGGUCAAGAAGAUGGCCGACUUCCUCCGGGGCCGCAAUGGCAUGCCGGUCCGGCAAGCGAUCGAGCUCGGAAAGCGUGUCGAGUUCUUCCGCGGUGACAAGCUCGGCAAGUUCCUCAUCAACCACGACUCGGCGAGCAAGUACUGCGUGUCGCCCGUCGCCUCCAAGGACGACGCGCUCGAGAUGGGUCGUCUCCUCGUGACGCAUGGCUUCAUCCACCGGUCGGAGCGCGAUGCGAAGAACAAGAAGCUGCUCCAGCCGUCGCAGAGCCACGAGUUUACGGCCGACGGCUUUUACACGUGGAUGUACGAUGGGCCCAAGACGUUUCGCAAUUUUUUGACGGCCGCGCUCAUCGUCGGCUUUACGGGCCUCGUGUGCUACCCCAUCUGGCCGCAGUGGUCCAAGAUCGGCGUCUGGUACCUCAGCGUCACGUUCCUCAUUGUCAUCAUCGUGUUUUGUAUCGUCCGGCUCUUUGCCUUCUUCAUCCUGUGGCUCGCGGGCAUCGAAUUUUGGUUCUUGCCCAACAUCUUUGACGACAACCUCGGCGUCAUCGACUCGUUCAAGCCGCUCUACAGUCUCCGGAAGACGGACCCGUCGGAAACCAAGUACCGCGCGAUGGCGCUCCUCGCGUUUAUCGGGUUUUGCAUUUGGGUCGCGCAGCAGCCGACCGACUUUGACGAGUACAUGGCGCUCACCAAGCAGUUUACGGACGACGUGUACAGCGGGAAGCUCCUCGACGACAUGAGCCAGAAGGACAAGGAAGACAUUGACAAGCUCAAGGUGCCGGACCUCGAAGAGCUCAUGCGCGACGAUGCGUCCGACAUGUUUGCCGACAAGGACGAAGACUCGAUUUUCGACAGCUUUAUGGAGCAAAAGUACUUUUCCGAAGACGCCGACGCCGACGACGACGUGCACGACGACUUGUAGGCCUUGAAUUACCCUCGAAUAUAUACCAUAGUAGUUAUCACGA